AUGGAGGUGAUACCGGAACCCGUCCGACAUGUCAAUCGUCCACCGGAAAAGCGUGAACCCCUUUACUUUGCAACUGGGAUGGAACUGGAGCCUCCAAUAGUCAACGCAGACACUUCUCUAUUGGUCUAUUGUUAUGAACCGAAUGUUGGCAAAUAUAGCACAACCAAUAAACCAUCGCUACGCACCACUAUGCUCCCCAAUAACGCACUGAUGAUGUCAUCUCGAUUGGUGAUGAAACGUUUGCAAUCAAAUUGCCCAGCUCAGCGAACAAGCCAACGACCAUCUGCGCUACCUAAGAUACCAACAUUUUCCUUUUGGGGCUUCAAAAACCGAUGGAAAAGUUGCUGA